GCACCCGGUGGUUCGUUCUGACUCGAAUUGUCGCUGCUCGUAGUCACAGAGAAGCGACAGCGAUGCUACAGUCGAGAUUCACAGCUACUACGUCCAGAGCGUGUGCAUGCUCUCACCUCGCAAAAUGUACAUUGUCGCGGUCGUUCCGUUCGUCCAGCACAACAUGGGACGAAACCAAAAAACCUAUCAUGAACCGCUACAGCCGGACGAUUACGCAGCCUAAAGACCAGGGAGCAGGACAGGCCAUGCUGUAUGCUACGGAGGGUAUUAAGAGUGACGAUGACUUUCAAAGAGCUAUGAUUGGUGUUGGAAGCGUGUGGUACGAAGGCAAUCCAUGCAACCGCCACCUCCUAGAACUUGGCAAAGAAAUCAAAGCCUCCAUCUACCAAGCCGGAAUGAUCGGAUACCAGUUCGGCACGGUCGGCGUGAGCGACGGUAUGAGCAACGGAACGUCAGCGAUGAAUUAUUCUCUCCAGUCGCGCGAUCUCAUCGCCGACCAAGUGGAGACCGCCGCAGCGGGUCACUGGCUCGAUGGUAUGGUCGUCGUGCCAGGCUGUGAUAAAAAUAUGCCAGGGGUUAUCAUGGCUCUUGGACGCCUGAACAGGCCGGGCCUGAUGGUUUAUGGAGGUACUAUACGUCCAGGGUCUUGUGAAGGGCAACCACAAUUGGAUAUUGUUUCCGCCUUCCAGUCUUAUGGGAAAUAUAUCCAGGACGGUAAGACUCCAGACGCAGAAGCAUUUCGGUACAACACGGUGCGACACGCCUGUCCCGGGCCUGGCGCAUGUGGCGGUAUGUACACUGCAAAUACGAUGGCCAGUGCCAUAGAAGCACUUGGGAUGUCGCUCCCGGGCUCGUCAUCUUUCCCCGCUGAAUCACCGGAGAAAAUCGAAGAAUGCAAAACUGUCGGUGCUGCCAUGCGGAACCUUGUCGAGAAAAACAUUUUACCGAGAGAUAUCAUGACUCGUACUGCCUUCGAGAAUGCGAUGGUCUUGGUCAUGGCACUUGGAGGCUCGACAAAUGCAGUACUCCACUUGAUUGCGAUGGCACACUCGGUUGGUAUCACCCUCACACUGGAUGACUUUGCCCGUGUUUCGGAGGCAACGCCGUUCUUGGCAGACCUCAAGCCGAGCGGUAAAUACGUUAUGGAAGACGUAUACAAACUUGGCGGCAUUCCCAAGGUCCUACAUUACUUGAUGAAGAAUAACCGUAUAGACGGGAACAACAUGACCGUCACGGGCCUUCCGCUCGGAGAGAACCUUGAGCGCUGGGUACACAAGCACGGUGAACUUUCUCCAAACCAGGACGUUAUUCGCCCGCUCGACAACCCAAUCAAAACGUCUGGACAUAUCCGAAUUCUGCGCGGUAACCUGGCACCUGGGGGGGCUGUCGCGAAGAUUACGGGAAAAGAAGGUCUUAACUUUACGGGAACGGCACGGGUCUUCAACUCGGAAGAAGAGUUCGUCCCAGCUGUGGAGUCCGGUUCCAUCAAGAAGGGCGAGAAAACCGUGGUCGUCCUGCGGUAUCUUGGCCCUAAAGGCGGGCCUGGAAUGCGUGAGAUGCUCAAACCAACCAGUCUCAUUAUGGGCGCUGGUUUAGGAAAAGACGUUGCCUGCUUGACUGAUGGUCGGUUCAGCGGAGGAUCGCAUGGUUUCUGCAUCGGACAUGUUGUUCCCGAGGCUCAGGAGGGAGGAGCCAUUGCUCUGGUAGAGGACGGCGACAUUAUAUCUGUCGAUGCCGUAUCCAACACUAUUGAGCUUCACAUCACUCCGGAGGAGAUGGAACGCCGUAGAAAAGCAUGGAAAGCCCCUCCUUUGAAAGUUACCCAGGGUACCCUCAUGAGAUAUGUGAAGACCGUGACGGAUGCCAGCCACGGGUGUAUCACCGAUGCAUAAGAAGCACGACCCGCACGCACCGGAUACCUAAAAAAAGUGUGCACAUAUACAUAUUCAUUUUUAUGACAAGCGAUACCACACCCUGCAAUUGCGUGUACGAAAUCGAAGCAGUACUGGGGGAGCGUCGCACGUUCAUUAUCGUGAACGUUGUGUGACCUUGAUCCUGCGUUUUUUCUCUGCUUUAGGUAUUUUGUUCUUUCUCUUUUCCCUUGCCUCGGCUUUUACAGCUUUUUUGCGUUCCUGUGUUCGUAAGUGUGAGUCAUCCAGUACAAGUGCAGGGUUUCGAAAGAAACCAUAAAUACAUACCUUCUUGGCUUCUCGGUCCUCG